AUGGUACUCUAUGCAAAGGAGUGGCUUGAAUGCAUGGAGUUUUGCUUUGAAAUGAGUAAGAAGCCAGUUAAGAGCUUAUGGAAUAUCUUCUUGCAUGUUGUGGAUAUAUCUAAUCCCAAGGAAAUCUGGAUGUUUGCUGAAAAAUUCAAAAAUGAAUAUAGAUUGAAUGUGUUGAUCAACAACGCAGGAUGUAUGGUGAAUAACAGAGAAUUAACUGAAGAUGGACUUGAAAAAAACUUUGCAACAAACACUUUGGGUACGUACAUUCUGACAACUGCCCUGCUGCCCCUCCUGGAAAAAGAAGCCGAUGCCAGAGUGAUAACCGUCUCUUCUGGGGGCAUGCUAGUUCAAAAAUUAAAUGUACCUGACUUGCAGUCGGGAAGUGGGACGUUUGAUGGAAUUAUGGUGUAUGCACAGAACAAGAGACAGCAAGUUGUCUUGACAGAACAAUGGGCAAAAGCUCACAGAAACAUCCAUUUCUCUGUUAUGCACCCUGGCUGGGCUGACACUCCAGCUGUGAGAUCAUCAAUGCCAGAUUUCUAUCAGAAGAUGAAGAAUGUUCUGCGCACAGAGGCCCAGGGAGCUGAUACUGUUGUAUGGUUGGCAAUAUCAUCCGAAGCGACAAAGUUACCCAGUGGCUUGUUCUUCCAAGACAGGCACCCAGUCCCUACGCACUUACCCCUGGCAAGCACCCACAGCCCACCAGAAGAUGAGGAGAAGCUGGUGGAGGUGCUGGAAGAAUUCUCCCAGAAGUUUAAAUCUGCUUCUCCAGGAACUUAG